AUGGAGUACGGAUUAACAAAAUUAUAUUUCCGUGUUAAAUAUGACGAAACAGAAUGGUGUUCUAUAUUGUCCCCUUGCUCGUAUGAAGACAUAAUUGAAAGUGUAAGAAAAUUAUUUCCGUCCUUGGAAUCAAAGGAAUUUACACUCCAAGACGAAUACGGGGCCAAUCUUCGGGGAGAUUUUUUAGAAGAAUAUAUUAAAAUUUCCUCUAGAGGAGUUCUUCUAAAAGUUAAAGAACCACAACUAACAAUAUUAGAUGAAAAUUCUUCAUCUACUACAACAUCUACUACAACAAUUUGUAGUAUUUUUUCUGAUGACACAGAAAGUGUUAAUGGAUCAUUAACAUCAACUUAUUUGAAUGUUAAUAAUGAAAAUUCAAUUUCGCCAGAGAACUUGAAAAACUUUAUUAUUAAAACCCCAGGAGGUCAAGAAGUUUUUAACUAUUACAAUAAAAAUUUAACUUUAAAUGAUGAAUGUAGAAAAAAAUUAGUAAACAUUUCAGUUUUUUACAUACAAAGUCUCUCUCCAAAUAGCUGCAUGCCGUCCAGUUUUUUAAGGGAGAGAUGUGCAAUUUCAAUCAUUGAAAUUUUUCCCAAUUUAAGGGAUAAAGAAAGUCCUAAAGGUUAUGAAGCUUUUUAUGAUCCAGUUACGAAAAAAGGUUUUUUAACAACUAGACUAAGAACCAUUUUAAGAAAAAGAAAAUUAAGUAAACCGAAUAAAGAGACUACUGAUACCGACACUGAAAAUAAAUAUACAGAAGUAGAAGCAGAGGAAUAUAAAAAUGCUGUUGAAUUUUUAAAAAGUUCUGAAACUUCUAAUUUUGAGUUAUUAAAAGAAAAACUAAAAUUUUCUUUUUUGUACAGAAAAGAAAAUAAUAUUAGAGAGCUGCCAAUAUUUUUUAGAAUAUUGGGAUUGAUUUCUUAUGAGUUUUCUUUAAUACACCCCCAUAUACAGGAAACCAUUGUACUAGAAAAAUUGGAUUUUUUUUUUAAAGAAGUUUCAAAAGUUUUUGAACUUUCAAUAACCUCUAAUAGCAAAAAAAAUGAAGAACUUGAAGCAGAUGGUUAUCAUGACCCUACAACAAAAGCAAUUUUUUGUCUACUUUUAAUGUUGCCAUCAACAUAUAAUCACAAGUCUAAAUUUAAAAGGCAAAAUAGUAAAUCCACUCAAGAUCACCUCAUAGUUUUUCAAAAGAGUGAAGUUCCAAUCAGCAAAAUAUUAGAAACUAGAAUAAGCCAGCAGCCCUUAAUUUUAGCAGUUGGACCAAACAAGGAUGCCAUUGAAAAUUAUUACAUCAUUUAUGAUAACAACAUCAUAUCAGUGGCAAUAGUAACUGGCAAGGUAGAUAUUCUCUAUGCCCUAGACACACUGAACGGUUCCUAUGAUAUAUCAGUCAACGUGUCUGAGAAGUAG